AUGCUUUCAGUCAGCCCACCGAGGUUUUAUUCUUUGAUCCCGCACAACUUCGGCAUGAAGGCCCCUCCGCCCAUCAACACGCAGGACCUGCUUGGUGCUGAGCGUGCUUUGCUCCAGUUCUACUUGCGCAUGGGCUUCGAAGAGAUUGGUGGAGAGGAUGAGGAGAAGCUCACGCCCAUCAGCGGUGUCAUGGAACUGCCCUUGCCCAAGACCUUGUUGGAAGGCUGCAAAGGCAUUUGCGCUCCCAAGGAGGUGAACAGCUGCACCAAGAAGGGGCAAGCCUUGGCGGUGCCGGAGCUCAGCUGGUUCUUUGGCGUUGUUUCCGGGGAGCUGAGCUGA